AUGGAUGAAAUAUUGAACGUACUUUAUAGUUUACGGAGCCCGACCGACCAGCGACUACGUGGUAAGCUUGCGGAGAUCAUAAGUAUAGCUAUCAAGCUCUGGGGUGCCCUUCGGAAGGACGGCUGUCGAGUCGAUUUCGACUACGACCCUUCGAGCGGUGAUUGGCAGGAGUGGGAUUUUGUUGAUGACGUAGCGACAAAUGGCUCCAUGGCGGCGACUUCGCCCAGCGAGAUACCUGUGGACCAACUACCUUCAAAAUCAUUUAUGUUAUUCCCUCGAAUCACGGGCUCCUUUGGUUGUGCCAGCCCUCGCAUCCUGCACGCGGGAUCGGCUCUUCCUCAUGAUUCUCCGGCCUUUCAAACAGGUCUUCAAGAAAUUGAGCACAUCAAUCACGCGACGAAGGAAUUCAAACGUUAUCUGUGCAGAGGAUCCAGCGCUCAAUCUUCACCAGUAAUAGGUAAACGUCAAGGAGAUUGGCCGGCUCUACAUGGUGGCAACAAUUAA